AUGGCUUCUCCUGAGAAGCUACCAUACAUUGAGCCAACAAACCAGCCUAGCAUUACGAUAAACCAUUCAGACGACAUAUCAGCUGUGGCAGAUACCCAUUCAGCAUCAGAACUAAGACCUGACCCGGAAAAAGUAUCAUCGACACCAGAGCGAGAUGCAGAGGCAGGAAACAAAUCACAGGAGCCACGUCCAGUGCCUGUUCCUCGAUGGAAACGACGCGGCCUUUUUGGUUCGCUAACGUUGAUCUCUGAGGUUGACAAUCCGAGAGCAUAUCCACGCUCGACGAAAUGGAUUCUGACUUGUACUGUGUCGUUGGCGACACUUAUUGCGCCUAUGGGAACGUCUAUUUUUUACCCUGCCCUGCGUGAGGUCGAAAGCGAUUUACACACAAAUGCCACCGUCACCAAUCUAUCUCUGGCUUUCUACUUGUUAGCAAUGGCAAUAUUUCCAUUGUGGUGGUCAAACUGGGCAGAAGCAUUCGGAAGACGCACAAUCUAUCUCAUAUCUUUCGCCCUCGGAGUGGUAUUCGCCGUGUUAGCCGCCAUUUCAAACUCGAUUGGCAUGCUCGUUGCCGUCAGACUCCUAAGCGGUGGCUCAUCAGCAUCCGUUCAAGCUGUCGGGGUUGCUUCGAUAUCCGAUCUGUGGGAGCCACGAGAGCGAGGACGUGCCAUGGGCAUUUUCUUUCUUGGUCCACAGUUAGGUCCGUUUUUGGCACCAAUUAUCGGUGGUGCUUUGGCGAAUAGAUGGGGGUGGAGGAGCACGAUGUGGUUUGUGGUGAUAUUGGCUGCAGCUAUGCUUCUCAUGUUAUUAAUUAUUCUGCCGGAGACAUCGAUGAGAAAAGAGACGACAUGGCGUACGCGAGUCAAUCAGAAGAUUGGAGAGCGGAACGUAUUCAUGAGAACGAUUAUUCUGCUAAGAAUCCUCUUGAUAGACCCAUUCUCCGCGCUUCUAGUACUACGCUACCCAGCAAUGUUCCUGCCCAUGUUCUACAUCGGAAUCGUCACGAUUUAUUUCUACGUCCUCAACAUCAGCAUUCAAAAUACAUUUGCCAACCCACCUUACAACUUUAGCACCCUGAUUGUUGGGUUACUGUAUAUUCCGUCUUCGCUGGGUUAUAUCUGUGGCAGUAUCAUUGGCGGUCGAUGGAUGGACUAUGUCAUGCAGCGUGAAGCUAGAAAGGCGAAUCGAUUCGAUGCCAAUGGAAAACCUAGAGUCUAUCCGGAAGAGCGUAUGAAGGAGAACACUUGGGUUGGAGCUUUGCUCCCUGUGGCUGCGUUGCUGUGGUAUGGUUGGACGGCCGAGCAUGGUGUAUAUUGGCUAUGUCCCAUGAUUGCAAACUUCUUCACCGGUUUUGGAAUGAUCAUCAUCAUCAGUGUCGGGAUCACAAUGAUCAGUGAAUUCAUGCCGGGCGACUCGCGAGGUUUGGCGGCAUCUGUCUUUAUACGUAAUGUUCUUGGCUGCGUGGGCACUGUCGUGGCAGCACCGAUGCUUAGUACACUAGGGAAUGGAUGGACGUUCACUCUUUGGGCAUUCGUGGCUCUGGCGAGCUCCUUGGUAAUUGUCGCGGUCACGAAGUAUGGUCCGCGAUGGAGGGAGUCUAUGGUUGCGUCUGGUGCAGUGAGAUCUUUUUAA